AUGAGGCAUAGGUUGAGAUCCAGGGCCACAAUACCUGAUUCGGAGGAUGAUUCACAUUUCAGUGAGACGUCAUUGAAGAAUUCAUCCCCCCUCCGUAGGUCGAGUCGAUCGGUUGCCCCGCGAGUGGGUGGGUCAUCCCUUUCUCGAUCUCGGUCUCGCGUCAUCCAAGAUUCCGAGGCAGAGGAGGAUGACGAUGUCAGUCUUUCAGGCUCUGUGGCACCAAGCAAUUCCGCUUCGGCCAGACUUGCGGUGGUCGUACCGACAAAAAACGACUCACCUAGUGACUCAAAUUCCAAUUCUCGAAGUUCACUGGAGAAUUUGUCCCCGGGCUAUAGUACCCCAGCUACUAGCGUCGGUGCUGGAGUUAGUGGCUCCAACGCUAAAGCUACGGCGCGUGUCAAUGCAGCUGAUCGUACCAAGCGACUACAGUCGAGCGCAUUGUCGCUCGGAGUCACAAGAGGAAGAAAACGCUCCGCACCCGCUUCGGUGGAGGAUGACGAUGGCUCCGAUGUGCCACUAGCUCACACACGCAAAAAAAGGGCGGCAACAGGGGCCACACGUACCGCCUCGACCAACUCCGACCCUGAGGUUUCCGAUGCCGCUUUAGCCCAUGCCCUACAAAUGGAGGAGUACGAGAAUCCGCGCGAAACAACACCAAAGCGUGCGCUCUCCAACGUCCCUUUCGAAUCCACCGAGUAUGACUCAGACCAAGCCACCAGGCCUGCUUUGUCUUCUCCUUCAAGCAGUGAUUUAUCGGCACUCCAUUCCGGGGAUGCUGAUUCAGAUAUCCUGGAGGACCCCCUAGAGGGUUGGCCUACCGAUCAUGAGGAUGUUGAAGAAACUUGGCACCGACAUUAUGAGGAGGAGCGGAAAGCGCGACGUGUGGAAAAAGACCGGAAGAACCUGGAGAGCAGACAUCCCGUAGUCAGCACCAUGUGGGAUGUGCUCAAAUCUCAGCCGACUAUCCAACCAAAGCCGGCUAAACAGCCUGCCUCCAUAACUCGCAAACUCAAGCCAUUCCAGCUGGAGGGAUUGAACUGGAUGAUAGAACAGGAAAAGACUCAAUAUAGGGGUGGUUUAUUGGGUGAUGAGAUGGGCAUGGGAAAGACCAUCCAAGCAGUCUCGUUGAUUAUGUCCGAUUUUCCCCAGCCUGACCCGACUCUUGUUCUCGUGCCACCGGUCGCAUUGAUGCAGUGGGUAUCAGAGAUCAAGGAUUACACGGAUGGCAAGCUGAAGGUCUUGGUCUACCACAACUCUGAUGCGAAAGUCAAGAAGCUGACCACAGCUGACAUUCGCAAUUACGAUGUCAUCAUGAUAUCCUAUGCCAGUCUCGAGUCCAUCUAUCGCAAGCAGGAGAAGGGCUGGUCUCGCGGCGAAACCAUGGUCAAGGCAGACAGUGUCAUCCAUUCAGUUCACUACCAUCGCCUCAUUCUUGAUGAGGCGCAUAGUAUCAAGUCGCGUACCACGAGUGUUGCCAAGGCAUGCUUUGCCUUGGAGGCUACGUACAAAUGGUGUCUGUCCGGGACCCCUGUACAAAACCGUAUUGGGGAGUUUUUUUCCCUCCUACGCUUUCUGCAAGUCAAGCCAUUCGCGUGCUACUUCUGCAAGCAGUGUGAAUGUGAAAAACUGCAGUGGACCUCGACUAAAGACGGGCGUUGUACCGAGUGUAAACACACUGGUUUCAUGCAUAUUUCCAUAUUCAACAAGGAAAUUCUCAAUCCAAUCGUUGAGGGAAAGUCUGUGCAACAACGCAAAGAUGGCUUGGAGAAGCUCCGUCUCAUCACGGACCAAAUCAUGCUCCGGCGAAUGAAGCAACAGCACACAAAGUCCAUGGAGUUACCACCCAAACGCAUCACAUUGCACAACGAAUUCUUCGGCGAGAUUGAACAAGACUUCUCACGCAGCAUUAUGACGAAUACGACGAGGAAGUUCGAUACCUAUGUCAGCGAGGGUGUCAUGUUGAACAACUAUGCCAACAUAUUCGGAUUGAUCAUGCAAAUGCGGCAAGUCGCGAAUCAUCCCGAUCUCAUUCUGAAGAAGAAGGCUCAAGCAGGAUUUAAUGUUGCUGUGUGCUGUGUCUGUGAUGAGCCCGCGGAAGACGCCAUUCGGUCCCAGUGCCGCCAUGAGUUCUGUCGCCAGUGCGCCAAAGAUUAUAUCCAGUCCUUCCAAGACGACAGCAAGCAUGUUGACUGUCCACAGUGUCAUAUUGCUCUUUCCAUUGAUUUGGAACAGCCUACACUCGAGCAAUAUGAGGAUUCUGUCAAAAAGAACUCCAUCAUCAAUCGCAUUGCAAUGGAGAAUUGGACCUCCUCGACGAAGAUUGAGUUGCUCCUCUACGAACUCUUCCAGGAGAGAAGCAAGAGCCACACGCCCAAAUCCAUCAUUUUCUCCCAAUUCACCUCCAUGCUCCAGCUGGUCGAGUGGCGCUUGCGUCAUGCUGGAUUCAACACCGUCAUGCUGGAUGGAUCGAUGACCCCAGCACAGCGUCAGAAGUCGAUUGAGCAUUUCAUGACUAAGCCGGAGGUUGAGGUUUUCCUGGUCUCUCUCAAGGCUGGGGGCGUGGCGCUCAAUCUGACAGAAGCAUCGCGGGUCUUUAUCGUUGAUCCCUGGUGGAACCCUGCCGCGGAAUGGCAAAGUGCCGAUCGCAGUCAUCGAAUUGGCCAGCAACGGCCUUGCGUCGUCACUCGGCUCUGUAUUGAGGACUCGGUUGAGUCCCGAAUCAUUCAAUUGCAGGAGAAGAAAGCCAACCUGAUUCGGGGUACCUUAAACAGGGAUCAAGCGGCCGCGUUAGAAAAACUGACUCCGGAGGACAUGCAAUUCCUCUUCCGCGGAACAUAG